CACAUAUUACACAACAGAAUAAAUUUCACCUACGACACCACCAUCAAGACAGAAUCAAAUGAAGGGAAAUUUGUGGCUGGUUGCUUUGUUUUUGGUUCUCUCUUUGGUGAUUUCAUCUUAUGCAGCUUCAACUCAGCCAUACCAAUUCCGCAAACUUUUGAAUAUAGAAGCAUCACCUAGUAAGUCAGGAUCUGCGGGCCAUCACUAAUGCUGUUAGCAAGGCGAAAGCAUCGGGAGAUGAAGCAUGAGAGCUGCCGUCUAUGGAUCGUGGAUGUUGGAUUGACAUGUAUGCGCAUUUGGAUGUAUGAAGAGUUUCAAUUGAACUCUUCGUACCCGGACUAUAUAAGGAUUAGUAAUUGACAUAUUGUUUCGUCAAAUAUUAUUUGAAAUUUAGUCUAACUGUGAAAGCAUAGGAUGAAAACUCCAUUUAAUAACUUUUUAUCACCUCCAAAAGCUGUGUAAUUUCUUUGCUGCAUAAUCCUAUAGUACUUAUUUAUU